AUGGCGUCAUGGACUUCAUCCCAGUUCCUGUAUGAAGAAACCAAGCCAGCUGGUAUUGAGUUCUUGGAACGUUUCAAGCGAUCAGGAAGACUCUCCUUCAAGCAGUACCAAGCCCUUGUCUUCAUCUUGACCUUUGUCGCCUACAUCGCCUUCCACGCUGCUCGCAAACCCAACAGCAUCGUCAAAGGAACGCUUUCCGCGUCAACAGUCAAAGGAGGUUGGUCUCCCUUUGAUGGACCCGAUGGACCAGCUUUGCUCGGACAGAUCGACUUGGCUUUCCUCUCCGUCUACGCGGUGGGAAUGUUCGUCGCUGGUCAUUUGGGAGAUCGUUUGGAUCUCAGGACGUUCCUGACCAUCGGUAUGAUCGGGACAGGCUUCUUCACAGCUCUCUUUGGUGUUGCCUUCUGGGCGGAGUUCCACAGCUUCUACUAUUUCUUGGCCGUUCAGGUUAUGGCUGGGUGGUUUCAGUCCAUCGGUUGGCCUUGUGUCGUCGCCGUGCUCGGAAACUGGUUCGACAAGAAGAGGAGAGGGAUGAUUAUGGGUGUUUGGAGUGCUCACACUUCGCUCGGUAACAUCGCAGGGUCUCUCCUCGCGUCAGGUCUGCUUAAAUACGGUUGGGGCUGGUCAUUUCUUGGUCCUGCUCUGCUCAUUACCUUCCUCGGAAUCGUUGUUUACUUUUUCUUGCCGGUGAAUCCUCCGACCGUUGGAGCCGAGAGAGAUGGGACUGAAGUUGACUCUACAAUGAGACUCGGUGACACCAUUACAGACAGCUUACUGGGAUCUAGAAUGAGUACUGGUUUCGAUAGAAAAGCAAUCGGUUUCAUGGCCGCUUGGAAGAUCCCCGGCGUUGCUCCGUUCGCAUUCUGUCUCUUCUUCACCAAAUUGGUCUCUUACACUUUCCUCUACUGGCUUCCUUUCUACGUCAGCCACAACAUGAUUGGAGGAGAGUACUUAUCUGAAGAAACAUCAGGAAACUUGUCGACGCUCUUUGAUGUCGGAGGCGUGGUCGGAGGAGUCUUAGCCGGAUACAUCUCCGAUCAGCUCGACGGUAGAGCUAUCACAGCUGCAGGAUUCAUCUACUUGGCGAUCCCGGCUCUGUUUCUCUACAGAGUCUACGGACAUAUCUCAAUGACCAUCAAUGUCAUCCUCAUGUUCACAUCAGGAGUCUUCGUGAACGGACCUUUUGCUCUCAUCACAACAGCUGUCUCAGCUGAUUUAGGGACGCACAAGUCUCUCAAAGGCAAUGCAAGGGCCUUGGCUACGGUUACAGCUAUUAUAGACGGCACAGGAUCCAUCGGAGCUGCGAUUGGACCGGUGCUUACCGGUUACAUCUCAGCGAUUAGCUGGGAUGCUGUGUUUUACAUGUUGAUGACUGCUGCUUUCAUCUCCGGUUUGUUGCUCACUAAGCUUAUUAUAGCGGAAGUCAAGGCUUUGGUGUCUGGAUCGUCUGAGGAAGAUGGAGUCGUUGCUUCAUCAUCAUCAGCUGAACACAGAGCUCCCAUUGAUGUUCUCCUAUGA